GUAAGUGGUGCAGGCUACAACGCUCGUUUAUAAAAGAGGCUGAUUAGCGUUUGUUAGCAGUUCUGUUCUCACUCAAGUUAGAGUUCGUCGCGCAAGUCGCGCGUUCGUCAGCAAUAUUAUUAAAAUUAGAACAUUUAUAUUGAAAUAAUAAGUUGACUUGUGCUGUGAAAUAAUGUCGUUCCUCGAAGGACCUUCUCCUAAACAAGCGGAAAUGAUAAAGUCGGAGCUUGGGGAAGGACCUGAAGAGUUAGAGAAAGGGGUUAGGGACCUCCGUAGUAUGUGCGCGGCUAAUCCUUACCUACCCCAGCCAGAAGUUCUAGAUAGAAAAUUACUAGAAUCAUUCCUAAGAGGUUGCCGCAUGGACUUCGAGAGGGCACGCAAAAAACUAGAAACAUUCUGCUACGCUCGCUCGCGAUUCAGAGAUCUCUUUGAAAACCGCUCUCUUACAGAACCACCUCUAAACGACGUGUGUAAAUUCCUAGACAUAGCACCCCUACCCAAGCUGACGGAUGAGGGCCUUCGCGUGACUAUCUUCAGGGUGAGGCCGAACUACCCGGAGAGCGCGGCAGACAUUGCGGCCGCUGUACGAGCCAUCCUGCUCAUCAGCGAUGUGCGCAUGCACGACGAGACACUCAUCGCGGGUGACGUUUUCGUUUGGGAGGCAUCACAUGUACGAGCUUCGAUAGCAGCGCGCGUUGCGGCCGCAGCGGGUAUGGUGCGCCGCAGCAUACAACUCGCUCAAGCGGCGUAUCCGCAGCGUAUGCGUCGAAUUCACGUAGUCGGAGCUCCCGCACUUGUCGCCUCUUCAUUACACCUCAUGCGUUCCUGUGUUAAUGAGAAAGUUCGAAAACGGUACUACUUACAUUCAAAAGCUGAGGAGUUACUGGAUCAUUUCCCGGUUCGCGUGCUGCCAGUCGAGUGGGGUGGUGAAGAGGAGUCCAUAGAAAUCCUCACAAAGAAGUGGAAACGUCGCGUUGACGAAGUCCGUGACUACCUUCGCUAUCUCAGCGAGCUAUGUGACGUCACUCCCGAUACAUCGUACAGCAACGACAUCUACGGCGCUGUGGGUUCGUUCCGGAAACUUGACAUUGAUUAGAUUUUAACUAAUCGAUAAUAUACAACCGUAGUUUAGUAGUUAGGAUUAGAUUUUAUUUAUAUUAUGCAAAGGCAGUCCUCAUCGAGAGUGACGGCGUUUCCGUAUGUGUUUAAAAGACAUUGUUCUUACUUUCUUUUGUCCUUACCGUCGGUUAAAUAUGAUUAUAAUUCUUUGGUUGCCGAAUUUUCGGACUUAAAUGUUGAACUUAUCGUUUCGUUACAAAUGAGUCAUUCUAGCGUAAUCAUUUUUGUGUUAUUUAGAUAACUAGUCAUUUUAUACGUCUAUACACCAAAUUACAAAGUAAAUGAAGAGCUUAGAUAAUUAAUGAAUUUCGCGUAUUCAGGUUUAAACAAAAAUGUUUAUAUCUUAUUCAAUAGGACUCAUUUAAAUAUGUCUCUAUGUUGAUACUGCGUAAAAUUUUCAUAUUGCUACCAUUAUAAUAAUACUUCUAUUGUGUUCCUCUCUAAUUGCUCUACUACUACUAGCUCAAAUAUCUAUUAAUUUUGUACAAGUUUCAGUCCUUUGUACAAUCUAUGUAAUUUACAGUAAUUUUGAAACUUUUUUUUACGUGUUAGGUAUAUAAAACAAGUGCCUAAAAAUAAACACAAAAGAAAGUAAUUGCAUUCAUUCUAGACAUAAUAUUAUCUCGUUUAGUUUUUAAGAAAAAAAAAACAGAAUCAUAAUGUUUUUUUUUAGAUUUAGAUUGUUUAAAAAAAAUUAAACUUUGCGUUUUCAAUUAUACCUAGUGGUUUUCUACCUUCUAAUUGUGUGCGUUAGUAUGUGUGUGCGCGCGCGUGUGUGUGUGUGUGUGUGUGUGUGCGUGAGUGUAUGUGUUUAUCAUAAACGCCUUUAUAUUUCUUUUAUACUAGGUAUACAUAAUAUGUAUUAAGAACUAAACUAUUGAACUAGUAACUAAGUUACCUAGUAUAACUACAAAAAAAAAUAUUACUUUUUCCCCUCAUAGUAGAUACAUUAGCAUAUUGUGAUAAAAUUGGUAAUCUAUAUAUUUUAUUAUACGUAACGA